AUGGAGGACUGGCCGUUUAAAGGGUCUGGAGGCGGGGCCCGGGCCGGAGCCAGCCGCGAGGCGCCCGGGAUGAGACGCCGCUCCGGCCGGGAGCCGCCGCCGCCGCCGGAGACCCCGUGCGACCCCCGGCCCGACCCCCCGCCCCACCCCCGGCCCGAGGGCAUGAAGCUGGAGGGCCCGAGGGGCGGGGGGCGGCAGCAGCCGCUGCUCAAAGGCCGGCCCCGGGAUCCGGGCCGGGACCGACCCCGGGACCCUCCCCGGAAUCCAGGCCGGGACCGGUCCCGGGCCCCAUCCCCGCCGCUGCCGGACAAAGAAGGCCCUCGGGCUCAGGCCGGGCCUGCUGGGCCCGGACCGGGACCGGGAGCGGCCGCGGACCUCCCCCGCUCGGGCCGACGCGGCUCCCGCAGGCCGAGGGGCAGAGGAGACCCCCGCCCCGGCCCGGGGGAGCCGGCGGACAAAGACGACCACACCCCGGGAGACCUGGCGGACAAAGACGACCACCCUCCGGAGGAGCCGGUGGACAGAAACGACCCCCCCCCGGGAGAGCCGGAGGACGGAAACCACCACCCCCCGGGAGAGCCGGUGGACGGAAACGACCACCCCCCGGGAGAGUCGGACCACAAAAGGGACCACCCCCCGAGGGAGCCGGUGGACAGAAACGACCACCCCCCGGGAGAGCCGGUGGACGGAAACGACCACCCCCCGGGGGAGCCGGACCCCAAAAGUGACCGCCCCCCGGGGGAGCCGGUGGGCAGAGACGACCACCCCCCGGGCGAGCCGGUGGACGGAAACGACCACCCCCCGGGAGAGCCGGACCACAAGAAUGACCGCCCCCCGGGGGAGCCGGCGGCCAGAAAGGAGCACCCCCCGGGGGAGGCGGCGGCCAGUCCCGGAGAGGGUCCCUUUUCCCCGGGGGAGCGGGCCGGCCCCCUGAUGGGCCCGGAGGAGCUGGCGGCGCUGGAGGAGCGCUGCCGGUCCCUGCUGUUGUCGGCCUCCGGCCCCCGGGGUCCCAUCCCGCGGCUCAUCGUCACCCCGGAGCCCGAGCCCGAGCCGGGGGGCGGCGGCGGGGGCGGCUGGACGUCGUCUCCGGGCUCCGCGGACAGCGGCCGGGGCGGCUCGGCCUCGCCCGCCCCGUCGCUGCUGCUCCGACGCCUGUCGGGGUCGUCGGGGGGCGGCGGCGGCGGCGGGGGAGGGGGAGCCGGGGGCUUCUCGUCCGCCUCCUCCUUCGACGAGUCCGAGGAUGACCUGGUCGGGGCCGCCAGCGACCCCGAGGACUGCUCCGGAAGCGGACCCCGGGGAGGAAGAGCAGGCGAAGACAGGCUGGGAUCCGGGCCACCAGGCUUCCCGGGCCCGUUGUCCCCGGAGUCGUCUGGUGACGGCUGCCCGCAGAACAAAUCUUGGAAGAAGCUGAAGACCAUGGUGCAGUGGUCUCCUUUCGUCGUGUCCUUCCGCAAGCUUUACCCCUGGAUCCAGCUGGCGGGCCAUGCGGGGAACUUCCAGGCGGGGGAGGAGGGGCGCAUCCUGAAGCGGUUUUGUAGCUGGGAGCAGCAGAGCCUGGAGCAGCUGAUGGGGGACGCCUUGCGCCCCUUCGUGCCCGCCUACUACGGAGUGGUGGAGCGGGACGGCGAGGUCUUCAACCAGAUGGAGGAUCUGCUGGCGGCCUUCGACGGCCCCUCCAUCAUGGACUGCAAGAUGGGCAGCAGGACGUACUUGGAGGAGGAGCUGGAGAAGGCGCGGGAGAAGCCGCGGCUGCGACGCGACAUGUACGAGAAGAUGGUGGCCGUGGACCCCGGCGCCCCCACCGCCCAGGAGCACGCCCAGGGGGCCGUCACCAAGCCCCGCUACAUGCAGUGGCGUGAGACCCUCAGCUCCACCGCCACCUUGGGCUUCCGGAUCGAGGGCGUCAGGAAAGCCGACGGGACCUGCAACACCAAUUUUAAAACGACUCGGGGGACGGAGCAGGUGACCAGGGUCCUGGAGGAUUUUGCCGACGGGGACCGGACCGUCCUGAGGAAGUACCUGGUGUGCCUGAAGGAGCUGCAGGCUGCCUUGGAGAGAUCACACUUCUUCAAGACCCAUGAGGUCGUCGGCAGCUCGCUGCUCUUCGUCCACGACCGCACGGGCCUGGCCAGGGUUUGGAUGAUCGACUUCGGCAAGACGGUGCCGCUUCCCGCCCCUCAGACGCUGAGCCACCGUCUGCCCUGGACUGAGGGGAACCGUGAGGAUGGCUACCUGUGGGGACUGGACAACAUUAUCGGCAUCCUGGGGGGGCUGGCUCGGGCCUGAGUCCCCGUCCGUCCCCCCGCCCCGCGGCCCCCCUCCCCACGCGCCCCGCCCCCAGGAGCCGCUCCCCCUCACGCUCCAGAUUUAUUUAUUGGCCGGGAUGCGGGCCGCGGCCUACCCCGCCGUCGGCGAAGGGCCGGCCUCGACCCUACCCUCUGUGAAGAGGAGGUCGAGGGGGCGUGGAUCGAGGUAUCUCUGCCCCUGAGGGAUUGGGGGGCCUGGGAGCGGGAAGCCGGGCGACGGGACUGUGCGCUCCCUUCCCGUCAUCCCCCGAGGGGGCACAGGCGCGGAGCGGCUGCCGGCAGGGUGGGGUUGUGCGUUUCCAUAUCCAGCUGGAUGUGAACGUGACCACGACGGCCGAGCCGCCGGGAGCCCACCUCUUCCCUGGUGCUCCCUCUGCCCCCUCCUCCUCCUCAGGACAGAUCUGGGCCCGGUGCCGCGUCCAGGGGCAGGGGCUCAGCACGGGCUCCCUCGCGGCUGGCCAGCGGCCAAAGUCCUGGCUUCCCCUGACCCCGCGGGGGGCACGGCCAGGGCCCACCUCCUCUGCCGUUGGCCCGGCCUUGCCCUCCGAGAGUCACUGGGCUUGGGCCGGUGCCACCACUGUGAGUCUCUUCCUUCCGCUCGGGGGGCGUCCCGCAAGCACCCCUGUGCCCCAAUUUGGGGGCCAGGCUCCCCUCCGCAGAUGCCCCCGGAUCGAGCCGGGGAGGGGCGCGGUGCCGGGGGGAGUCCUGUGAGCCACUGCCCCCAGCUGUCUUUUCACCGGGCGCUCCGGGGAACUGACUCAGGGAAGGGGGGUGGGCCAGGCCCAGCCCCCCACAACCCAGCCGUUACCAAAGCUGCCAGAAUACCUGGGGCCCUAACCCUGGUAGAGCCCAGCCCGGACAGCCCCUCCCUUGCUCCGGCCCGCACCUCCUCGGUCCCCGGCCGCUGAGGAGACGGCCUUUUAUUAGUGGGUGGGGGGGGGGUUGGCGGCUUAAAGGGGUGGGAUUGGGAUGCCGCCCCUCCCUCUCCCUGCCUGGGGCAGGCCGGGGCCCAGCCCCCGCACAAAGCAGCCACGGAGCCUUUUCUAUUCCAAACCUUUUUACUUAUUUAUAAACACGGACAGAGACUGGAAAGGGGCGCCGGGGCUUCCUCCCCCGGCCCCAAUAAAAGCCCCGUGAGGCGGA